AUGCCAGCAAUCAAAGCAGCAGCAUGGCCGAUGCCACUCGACGAUGUCUCGACUCAGACUUCUGACGAUCAGCUCGAGACGGAAGAAGCGAUCAACGAGCUCUUCUCCCAACUCCGUCCCCCGCGAUACGACUUUUCCGACACCGCAAGCAAGAAGGAAGCUCUGGUCAAUCCGUGGCUCUCUCCAACCGAACAGGAGCAGCAACGCGCUGAAGCAUCUCCACCCAAGCCCACCUUGCUGCUCGAAAGGAAAGCGCACAUCAGCUUCCUCACCAAAUUGCUCGAGCCGCUUCCGAGUGGCUUCACCGCCUUCGACACGAAUCGGUCCUGGCUUCUGUACUGGAUCCUGCACUCCUACGAUCUGCUUUCGGUGUCGCUGGAUCCGAAAGGCCGUGCAAGAGCCAUUGCGACGCUCCUCUCGUUCCAAAACAAGGCCACUGGUGGAUUUGGCGGCGGACCGGAUCAGAUCGCACACUUGAUGGCGACCUACGCAGCAGUAUCAGCGCUAGCUAUCAUCGGUGGUCCAGGUCCCGCGCCUACCGCAGAGGAUGUCGCGGACGCAAAGUCGAUCGAAGUGGGUCACGGCGGAUGGGAUGCCAUCGACAGAACGAGGAUGUACGAAUGGAUCAUGAGCCUCAAGCAACCGGACGGCAGCUUCUUGGUGCACGUCAACGGCGAGGUGGACGUCCGGGCGGGAUACUGCGUCGUCUGCAUCGCCACGCUUCUGGGCAUCUCGACGCCAAAGAUAUUUGAGGGCAUGGCUCCCUUCAUUGCCAGCUGUCAGACGUAUGAGGGCGGAAUCGCUGCGGCAAGCCAGCCCACCUACCAGCAAGCAAGCUCGGCCGAUGGUGGCAUCUCGCUCGUAUCGCAAGAUGUUUCGCGACCUCCGCUCGGAGAGGCCCAUGGCGGUUACACUUACUGUGCAGCAGCAAGUCACCUGACACUCUCGCUGCUGGACUCGACGCUGGGCGGAUCAACGGGAUCCUCGUCUGCGUCGGCGAACUCGUCAGCUGCAGAGCUGAACCGCGAAGCUAUGAUCCGCUGGGCCACGGCGCAGCAAGGCAUCCCCUUCGAAGGGGCCGGCUUUCGUGGUCGCACCAACAAGCUCGUCGACGGCUGCUACGGCUGGUUCUCUGGAGGUGGACUCUUCACUGUCCUCUCUGCCAUGAUCGAGUCAGAACUCAUCGAGGAUGCGCACAAGUCUGCUGGAUCGGCAAGCAAGCCAGCCGACGUCCAGGACUGGAAUGGCAUGCUCACUGUCCCACCCGCACCUGUCGUCGUUGCUCCUUCCACGUUUGGCAGCAACAGCAGUGAUUCGUGGAAGACCGAGUCCAGCCGCGACUCCCCCACCGCCGCCACCGCCACAGAAGAGUCCGACGACGACACCGCAGACGAUCUCUCUUCGCUCACGCUGUUCGACCGCGUCGGGCUGCAGGAAUACAUCCUCGUCGCAGCCCAGCGCACCGCCGCCGAGGGCGGAGGUCUGCGCGACAAACCCGACAAGCGGCCCGACGCCUACCACACGUGUUACAACCUCUCCGGGCUCAGCCUGUCGCAGCAUUCCGUCAGGCUCAGCACCGAGACGUCGACCUUCUUGCAUCAGCACUACAAGGGGGACGAGUGGAAUCGCAAGGUGUACGCCACCAUGCUGGCAUGGACGCUGUCGGCGAGGGACGAGAUCGUCGUAGAGGCCAGAGCGGGGACCGAGGGCGCAACGAGCAACAAGAUCAACCCCACGCAUCCGAUCUUCAACAUCACCUUCCCCAAGGCAAAGCUGUUUAUGGACUGGGCGUAUGGUCAGGCGUAG